AUGCCAUCCAACAAGUCCUCAGUGGUAUCGAAGGUGCUCGUAAUGUUAGCGAUGACAUCAUCAUUUUUGCGUUUACGCUCUAAGAACCUUACGUUGAAUGCCAAAAAGUGCGAGUUCAACAAAUCCUGCAUCGAGUUCUUUGGGUAUAUAUUCUCCAGAAAUGGUUUCUCCCCAGACCCCAAGAAAGUCUCUGCCAUCAACAACACCAGUCCCCCUACCACCGUUCAUGAAGUUCGAAGUUUCCUCGGUAUGACCAACUACUGCUACCGAUUUAUCCCCAAUUAUUCCACCAUCACCGAACCCCUUCGUACGCUUACCAAAUCCGAUCAGCCCUGGACAUGGACACCCCAGUAUCAACACGCCUUUGAUCAGCUGAAGCAUCUUCUCACCAGCGACACCGUUCUCUCGUACUUCAACCCCCACAAAGAAGCCACCAUACUUGUCGAUGCCAGCCCUGUUGGUCUUGGUGCUAUUCUUUGCCAAGAUAACCAUGUUGUUGCCUAUGCAAGUCGUUCUCUCACUCCCGUAGAACAACGGUAUUCCCAAACAGAACGAGAAGCCCUCGGUGUACUGUUUGCUUGUGAACAUUUUCAUCUUUACAUAUACGGCGCGAAAUUCAACAUCAUCACAGAUCACAAACCUCUUGAACGCAUCUUUACCAAUCCCACUGCUCGUUCCAAUGCCCGAUUAGAACGCUGGGCCCUCAAGUUUCAACCAUAUCACUUCACCACUUCCUAUUCUCCUGGCAAAACCAAUCCCGCGGAUUAUCUGUCCCGUCACCAUCUAGCUACAACCCACCCUUCCACUGCAUCCGACCAGGCGGAAGAAUAUAUCGCGUUCUUAGCAGAUCAUACCACCCCAAAAGCUAUGACCGUUUCUGAAGUGAAACAAUUCACCCGUGCCGACCCCACUCUGCAAGCCGUCAUCGAAGCCCUCCGUAACAACUCCUGA